AGGGGGUGAUGCAGGGCAGAUGGAAUUACCCUAGGGGCAGAUGGCAUUAACCCCUUGUAUUCAUGACGCCAGCGCGUGAUUUAUCCUUAAUACCACCCGAAGGUAUAACGCUGGAUCCUUGGCUAGACACGGGGGCAAUAAUGACUCCGACGCCAAGUUACAGAUAGCGGUAGCUUUACGGAGUGACAGAUGGAACAGUCUAUACAGUUCAGCCAGGGCCCACGGAGGUGACCAGUGACUUCAGAGACUGCUUGCUGGGACUUGUAGUAGAUUUGACCAAUUUUAGUGCAGGUCACUGUGACUUGACAAUAGAUGACAGUGACGGACAAGGCUGUGGUUGUAGAUUACUUGUAGAAUUGUGUCUGCUGGACGGACUUGAGGCUCCUAUGGACUCCAGACACUCUAGGACUAGACUGCAACUCCGCAGAAAGAGACAGAAGAGACUCCUCCCAGGGCUUUUAUAGGGGAGACUCUGGUGGGGUCCCAUAGGUCACCCUUAAGUCACAUGGUCACUGAUACCUCCUGGGUAACAAUCACAUGGGGUAGAAAGGUACAGGGGCAGAACUCCCAUAUUGGGCCACCAUUGUGCUUAUGGACUGUUAAUUAUUAUCUUUAGUUAUUUAGUGCACUUAGGUGUUUCCGGACGACAGGUGUAUUGACGUCACAGAGAGCGGCAGGUAUAACGGCACUCAAAGAUGACGUCCAGCCGGCUUGAGAAAGCGACAAGACCGUGAAAGGAGCGCUGCCUCGUCUCUGCCGCUCAGCGGCUUAAUGCCGACCGCUACUCCCUGCAACCGCACUGGGAUGAACUGACUGCCAAUGGGGGCAGUUUACUACAGCUGUGAGAAAACCCAUAAAACCUAAGACACAUUACACUAAGCUGAAUAAAAAAACACAAAAAACCAACUGGGAGAAAAAGCACCAAUUCAGCGCAGACUGCCUUCCUGAAGAACCUUUGCCUAUUUACACCAACAAUUCACCAAAAGUGAAGAAAAACUCCACAAACAACGGGCGCUGCCGGUCGCAUGUUUUACAUUCAAUCACCGUUAUUAAAUAAAACCGUAAAAACACCAUAAAAAUGCCGCAUGUUUUCAUAAAUUCUUUUCCAGGACAUCGGUAUUGUGAAUCAUACAGAAAUGUUCAGAUGACCGGUCCGGCACAUGGACGCAUCCGCCAUCACAGCCGGCCCAGAAUAACCUUGUAAAGAUAGGGUUAAUACCAACUAGCUGCAUGAGACAGACUGAAGCCGCCUCCACAAGACGGAGCGCCGGGCGCAAUCCUAUCAUUAUGUCAGGUGUUUUAUAGUCGCACAAUAAGCAGCUGUAAAGUUUUAGUAGUUUACAAGGUGUGGAGUUACUUCCAUUUCUGCCGAUUACUGCAAAAUGCCAGGCCGGCACUUUUUACCAAUAAAAAUCCAAUGAUAGGGUAUCUGGUGUCCUAGAAUGGGGCCAAACCCAUGGACUGUGUAUAAAAGAGAGGUGUCCUUCCCUUCAGAAGCACUCACCCAGCCUGCACUGCACUCAGCCUCCUCUGUCCUCUCCAACCAUGGCCCUCCAGUCCAGCCGCAGCAGCUACAAGAACUUCAGCUCUUCUUCUCUGCCGAGGAGCGGGGGACGGAGCGCCAUCAGCUCCGCAAGAAGCCACAGCGGCUCCAGGAUGCAGUCCCACUACAGCAGGAGCGCCUACAACGCUGGAGGAAGCAGGAACAUCUCUGUAGCCAGCUGUAAUACUGGGAUGGGUGGAUAUGGUGGUGGGAUGGGGGGAUAUGGUGGUGGGAUGGGUGGCGGGUAUCGGUCCGGGCUCGGUGGUGCCGGAAUUUCAUGUGCAGGCUUUCCUUCUGGGGGACUUGGGAACAUCACAAAUGUAACCAUCAACCAGAGUCUCUUGACCCCCCUGAACCUGGAGAUCGAUCCAAACAUCCAGAAAGUGCGAGCGGAAGAGAAGGAACAGAUUAAGACCCUGAACAACAAGUUCGCUUCCUUCAUUGACAAGGUGAGAUUUUUAGAGCAACAAAAUAAGAUGCUGGAGACCAAAUGGGCUUUUCUGCAAGAGCAAAAAACUGCGGAGAGCCACAUCGAGCCACUAUUUGAGGCCUACAUCACCAACCUCCGCAGGCAGCUCGACUCCUUCGUAUGUGAGAAGUCUCGUCUGGAAGGAGAGAAAAGGACCCUGGAAGAAUUAGUUGAAGACUUCAAGAGAAGAUAUGAAGAUGAACUGAACAAGCGUACCGAAGCAGAAAACCAAUUUGUAGUACUGAAAAGGGAUGUUGACGCCGCAUUUAUGAGCAAGACCGAUCUCCAGUCAAAGGUUGAUUCCCUGACCGACGAGAUCAACUUCACCAGAGCCAUUUAUGAGAUGGAAAUAUGUCAACUUGAAACUCAGAUCUCUAACACCUCAGUUAUUGUGUCCAUGGACAACAGCCGAGACCUAGAUAUGGAAUGCAUCAUUUCUGAUGUCAAGGCCCAAUAUGAAGAGAUUGCCAAGAACAGCCGCGCUGAGGCCGAGUCCUGGUAUCAAUCCAAGUAUGAAGAGCUGCAGAACGCGGCAGGGAAGCAUGGCGAUGAUCUCAGGAACAUCAAAAAUGAAAUCGCAGAUCUCAAUAGACUUAUUAACAGGCUCAGAGGAGAGAUCGAAAACGCCAAAGCUCAGAAAGCCAAACUAGAGGCCGCCAUAGCCGAGGCUGAGGAACGCGGGGAGCUGGCUGUCAAGGAUGCCAAAGAGAAGCUGGCCAGUCUUGAGGACGCUCUACAGAAGGCCAAACAGGACAUGGCUCGCCAACUGAGAGAAUACCAAGAGCUGAUGAACGUUAAACUGGCCCUGGACCUGGAGAUUGCCACCUACCGCAAACUGCUGGAGGGAGAAGAGAACUGGAUCUCUGGAGAGUGUGCUGGCCCUGUUCAGAUUUCUGUUGUCACAUCCACCGGGUCAAGCUCUGCCGGCGGCCUGCAUGGAGGAACCAGCUCUGGUGGUGUCAGCGGAGGGAUGAGCUCUGGUGGUGUCAGCGGGGGGAUGACCUCUGGCGGAGGAAUGAGCUCCGGCAGUGUCAGUGGAGGAAUGAGCGGCGGCCGCUUCAGUGGUGGAGCCAGUUCUUCCACCGGCACUAGAAGUUACGGCUCCGGGUCAGGAUUCACCUCUGGAAGCAGCUCAACUGUGACCACAACUAGAACCUCCACCACAUCUUCCAGAAAAAUGUAAUUCUACAUUGUCUCUAAAUGAUUGAAUAAAAGA